AUGUCUUCAUCAAAACGUAUUACAAAAGAACUAAGUGAUAUGGGAAGAGAUCCUCCAACUUCCUGUUCAGCUGGUCCAGUAGGUGAUGAUCUAUAUCACUGGCAAGCAUCCAUUAUGGGUCCACCAGAUUCUCCAUACGCCGGUGGUGUUUUCUUCUUAUCUAUUCAUUUCCCAACUGACUACCCAUUCAAGCCACCUAAGAUUUCCUUUACCACCAAGAUAUAUCAUCCAAAUAUCAAUGCUAACGGUAAUAUAUGUUUAGAUAUCUUGAAGGAUCAAUGGUCUCCAGCUUUGACCCUUUCUAAGGUACUAUUGUCUAUUUGCUCACUUUUAACUGAUGCAAACCCAGACGAUCCAUUAGUUCCAGAAAUCGCUCAUAUCUACAAGACUGAUAGACCUAAGUACGAAGCUACCGCAAGAGAAUGGACGAAAAAAUAUGCAGUAUAA